AUGGUCUGGCAAACGGAUUGCCUUGUUGCUCUUCGCUAUAGCCACUUCAGUCCUGCCCUUGACAGCAUGGCUACGGUCUCGUGGGCGCAUUUGAACAGUGGUCGGUUGGACUCUCUAAACCGCCUGCUUGGACUUCGCAGCCGACGUAGUCUUGAGGAGCCACGUUUUCAAUCAAGCGUGGACCAAUUUAUGCAGGUGGAAGUUGCAUGCAACUGGACGGCGUUGACCGUCGGCACACCUUUACCCAUCCUCACGUGCUAA